AUGGAGAAGGCUAUCGACCCGGUAUAACUGCAUUCAACUUCUUGAAAAAAAAAACAUAAUUUUCAGAGCGUUUCUAUUGAAGAAAUGUUACGAGAGGCUGCAAACGAGGUCUUACACGCAUCCGUUCCGGAAGGGUUUGAAUUUAUAAGCGAAUAUGGACAAUAUUACAACAAGGAGACCAGAUAUUUUUAUGACCCGGUUGGUAAAUUGUAUUCAGUUUCCAAAAAACAAGAUGAAUCAACAGAAUACUUCGCUUUUUUAUAACUCUGAUAACAUGACUUAUUAUCGCUACAAUGAGAACACUCAACAAUACGACGUUCUCGCCUGUUACCAAAGUGGUUGGUUUUUUUUAUUCAUAUUGUUUUCUGAGCAGAAGAUUUCUAGUUAAAUGGACCUCUAAAGAAACUAGAAAACGAGCAAAACGUCUUCUCGGAGAGGACUUUUGCAAGCUAGACGUGGAAACAGCUGAAAUAUGUGACGUCCUCCUCGAACUGACUAAUCAAGUCAGUAAAGAGGAAGAAAUUCAAAGGAACGCCGAAAAACAAGAACAGCCGGAAUCUUCUUCAUCCAGCGGGAAUCCAUUGAGCAUCACCGCUAAGGACAUUCGCCGUCUACUCCACCAAAAACGUCUUCAGCAUGGUGCUAUGAAAAACUUGAAAAGCGUAAACUAUUUUUUUUAAUUGAGAAAUGAAGUUAAACAGAUUCAGAGUGACGCAGUUUUUGAUGAAGCGACCGGCGAUUUCUGCCCUAUACCAAGCCGUUCAGAAGAAAGUGAGAAGAAAAUAUCGAAGGAUACAAUGAGAUCAUAUUUUUGUCUAAGAAGAACCGGAAGGCGCUACUGACGAAAGUGACAGCGACUUCGACUGUGAUGAGCGAUCUCAACAAAUGAUUGGUUUGUUUAAAAAUUGUGCUUGAUUUCUUUUUGAUUUCUUGGGUGUUCGAGACAGAUCGGGAGAAUUUAUUCCAGACCACAAGGCACAAAGCUUUUUUUUUAGUAUGGGUUGACUUUAACACGCGUUCUCUGAGAAAGUCGAUGAAUCUGAAGCAAAAUAAAAAAAAAGUUUUUUUGAUUUGCCUCAAAAUGUGAUCACGGCUCACACACGUGCUUCUGAUUAUUUAGCACCAGGUUCCAGGUGGCUCCGCCCCUUUUUAAAAAGAUGCUGUAGACAGUAAGCUGAAAAAAAUUAAUUUUUUUCCUGUUGAGAAUUUUCAUUCAAAAAUGUUUGGAAAUGUAAGAAAACACUAUUUCGAGUAUUUUUUCAGUUGCAACUUUUUUUCUAACACGACUUCUUCGGGGAGAAAAAAAUCGAAAUUUCCUCAAAACAGCGAUUUUUUCAGUUUUUGAGCCAUAACUAGAGUAAGAACCCCCCUAUGGUACGACUUUCAUCUCUGAUUAUGAAACUAGGGGCCUUCUUCUUCAAGAAAAAGUGGUUCUACAAAAAAUCCCUGGGGUGGGAUAGUUUCUCCCCGAAGAAGUCGUGUUAGAAAAAAAGUUGCAACUGAAAAAAUACUCGAAAUAGUGUUUUCUUACAUUUCCAAACAUUUUUGAAUGAAAAUUCUCAACAGGAAAAAAAUUAAUUUUUUUCAGCUUACUGUCUACAGUAUCUUUUAAAAGGGGCGGAGUCACCUGGAACCUGGUGUUAAAUAAUCAGAAGCACGUGUGUGAGCCGUGAUCACAUUUUGAGGUAAAUCAAAAAAAAAUUUUAUUUUGUUUUGCUUUUUAUUGCUGAAAAGUCAUCAAUUUUCUCAGAGAAAGUGUGUUAAACAACUCACGAAUUCGUUGUGUAUGAGCUUCAGUAUGAUAAAAAAUUCUUAGAUUAGCUGAGAAUAUUUCACUUCAGUUUUAUUUCAAGAGGAGCGGUAUAAUGAACCUCCUUUGCUGCGAAUAAUCGACGGCGCUCGAAGGCUUCACAUUAUCACCAUCUGCGGCGGAACCAUCGGCUCUAGCCACGUCAACGAAAUCAUCCUUCAGAAUCCCGCUCUGGCAGAGGUUUUUUUUCGCUUUUCUAUUUACGAACUUUCCUUCUUAACUGUUAAGUUUUUGUAGAGUUGUCUGGAAAUCAACUACUCUUCCGAAAUAAAUGGAUACACGCUGACCAGGACGGAUGACCGCUGUUCGGUACAUAUAAACUCCAAUGCCGUCCAGGUAACUGUCACUCCCGGCAAUUUAAUUGUAUAUCUAAGACUGGGUCGACGGUAGAUAUCGCACACGGCGACGUUCUUCUUGUCAGUGGGGAGAAGUUCGUUUUACAUGUGCAUUACGGUAGUUUACGAGCUAUUGAAAUUGAUUACGACAGUUGCAAAGGUUCCAACACCUGUCCUUCUUGCGAGCCGGGGCUCAUCGCUGUGCAAGCGCCUCAGGAACCGGCGAGUGUCAGAAAUGUCAAAUCGGAAGUCGCCAGGCGGAAGACGCUCAAGAAGCUGAUGGCUUCCUACGGCAUCGCGCCAGAUGUUCGCCUGCUACUUACGUCCUGAAACAUUUUGCAUGAGCUCAGGAAUCACUCAACGCUCCGAUUGUCCGGAAAUCCCGACGGGAGGAAGGCUUUCCUGCGCAUGUUCGACCCACCGACACGUACGGCGCCUGUGCAGCCAAACCUCUUCCCGGUAAUCAUUUUCUUUUUUUGCUCAAGAACAUCUUUCUAGAAUCUCAACGCCGGUUCGCAAUACCUGAACCCGCUAACUCCUCUUCUUCGACACCAGCCGCUCCUGUGGAGAAGCCUCUCGAUAUGGGAAAUGUCGGGUUCAAGCUGCUCAAGUCGAUGGGUUGGAGCGAAGGUCAAGGUCUGGGCAAAUCCUCGCAAGGAACUGUGGAUCCGGUAUUCAUCAAAGAAAAGGAAAAGUCUCAUUGGUGUUUUUUCCAAGAUCUCCACGAAACUGAAAAACGACAGACAGGGUCUCGGCUCCUCUAAUGAAAAGGCUCAAAAACGUCCUCAGACGAAACGGGAAGCGGUUCUUGAAAAGACCAAAAGACGUUACGAUGAGGUAUUUGGAUCCCUGUCUUUUUCAACUCAAGGUUUCAAUUUUUCAGGCGAGAUAA